AUGAAAAACAUUUCAAUCCGUGUUAGCACAUUCUUUUCGUACCUGUUUCAAUCAACGACUACAAUGUGCAUUCUGCUCUUCUUGGCCACGCUCGUGCUGAAGAAAGACCAGAUCAAGGCAAAUCCAACAAUAACCACAUUUGGGCAUAAAGCCAAUAACUGUUACAUGCGAUUCAGCCCAAACAUCGAUUUGACCAAAGAAUUCAACAUGAACACGAAACAAGUCUUUCUGUACGUAGUUUGCGUCACUGGAAGCAAGCACGAAAUGGUAUGGAGCAAGAUUGUGGAAGAAUCAUCCCGCAAGAAGUUGUAUGAUCUUGUACGCAACUCGUAUCGAUUUAGGAUACGUGGUGAUAUUUCAGCCUAUGAUGCAAUCUAUUUUGAGUUACGUGGCAGCGUAUUUCCUAAAAUAGGCAAAAUGGAGGACAAGUUGUAUGCGAGAUUCGCGUACAAAAAGAAAGUCGUUUACUAA